CAUCCCUCAAUCCGUCAGCCCCGCCCCCCGCCAGCCGCCCUGCUCAACACGCACCCUGCGCGUCGCGCAUCAUUCCUCCGGAAUAAUGACCAACGACUCACCGGAGGAGACCCGGUCCGGAGGUGGGGGUGCAGGACCGAAAAGCACCAGAAACCGGCCCAACGACAAUGUCACCAUCCUCACGUCCUCGGCGGAUCUAGCGCGGAGCAGCAGGGGCCACCGGCCGAGCAACAGCGGGGAUAAUGCCUCGGCUCUCUCGUCCUCCCUGGAGCUGACCACGUCUCUCGAACUGAGCAUCCAGACGCGGAUCUUUAAGAUUAUCGUUAUCGGAGACUCCAAUGUCGGGAAGACCUGCCUUACGUUCCGCUUUACUGGCGGAAGCUUUCCGGACAAGACGGAGGCGACGAUCGGCGUGGAUUUCAGAGAGAAGGCGGUGGAGAUUGAAGGAGAGACGAUAAAGGUCCAGGUCUGGGACACCGCUGGCCAGGAGCGAUUCCGUAAGUCCAUGGUGGAGCACUACUACCGCAACGUCCACGCCGUGGUCUUCGUCUACGACGUCACCAAGAUGAACUCCUUCCGUAACCUUCAGACGUGGAUCCAGGAGUGCAACGGCCACCGGGUCUCUGCGUCUGUCCCACGGGUCCUGGUGGGCAACAAGUGUGACCUGGUGGACCACAUCCAGGUUCCCUCCAACAUGGCGCUGAAGUUCGCCGAUGCUCACAACAUGCUGCUGUUCGAGACGUCGGCCAAGGACCCCCGGGAGAGCCAGAACGUGGACUCCAUCUUCAUGUCCCUCGCCUGCCGACUCAAGGCCCAGAAGUCCCUGCUCUACCGGGACGUGGAGAGGGAGGACGGGCGAGUGAGGCUCACGCAAGAGGCGGAGACAAAGACUAACUGUCCCUGUUGAGAGAGAUAGAGAGAGAGAGAGAGAGAGAGAGAGAGAGAGAGAGAGAGAGAGAGAGAGAGAGAGAGAGAGAGAGAGAGAGAGAGAGAGAGGAGAGAGAGAGAGAGAGAGAGAGAGAGAGAGAGAGAGAGGCAAAGGGGUAGGGGUGGUCUAUGACAGAGUGGACAUAGCAGGUUUGGAGACAUCUUUGUUCAGGGUGCUGUCGGUAAGAUUUAAGAUCUAUAAUUUGACUGUCAUUGGUUUGAAUUACCGAAGCCAUCCUUUUGCCAUUAGCUGGUGAAAUUCUAUAUGAGAGUUUCUGUUCUGGUUGUCUGCAUGCCUGCAUGUAUGAGACCAUUUACAGUAAGGUUCAUUUCAGUCUGAUUGAUUCAGGUCAUCCUUCUUGCCUGCCAAUCACAUUCAAUGUGUAUCACAGCAUAGUUUGUGAAUGCCACACUUUCAUUGUCCUAAUCUUGCUAUCUUCUGCACUCUUCGGCUCUCUCUCUCUCUCUUUACGACCAUCAAAUCUGCAGCACCUUUAAAGGCACCCAGUGCAACUUUCGAGGCUUAAAAAUAAACAUUCAAUUUCUAGUCUUUUUUACACGUAGUAAGUUUCAAUAACUCCAUACCAUUACAUACCGACAUUUAAGCAGCAAAGAUGAGACGUCGUUGUGUGGUGAGAACUGAUACAAAAUCGAUAACAACAACAAUGCCGCCAUUUUCUUUAUUUUUUGUAACCUACAAUAAAUAAAGCAGGCUUCCAGUCAAUGGAAAAAUGGCUUCUCCCCACCGGCGAUUGUUGUUGUUUACGAUUUUCUAUCAGUUCUCACCACACAACGACGUCUCAUCUUUGCUCCUUGAAUGUCGAUAUGUAAUGGUAUGGAGUUAUUGAAACUUACUACGUGUAAAAAAGACUAGAAAUUGAAUGUUUAUUUUUCAUUGAAUGUUUACAUAAAGUUGCACUGGGUGCCUUUAAGGUGUGGAAAUGAAGCUAUUUAAAGAGGGGAUAAUAGGAGAUGAUAGAUAUUCAUAAGAAAAGAAAGCAUAGGCAUGGAUCAUAAGCAACUUAAUAUUGGGUCCCGAGCCGUCCUUAAUGAAGGAUGAUUAAUAGGGCGUGGUGUGGUCGUUUCUGUGGAGGAGGAGAUGAUAAUCGAGGUAAUAUAUAUCUACUAAAACUAUGCCUAUGUACCAAUACCCAGGUCCAAGGAGUUGCCCUCUUCAUCAACCCUUACUGUUAGUCUUUCUCUCUGUGUCUCCUUCUCGCUCACUGGUGGCUCUACUAGCUUUUCCUUUGAAGGAAGACACAUGUAUAACACACAUAGCCUAGGGGUUUCAAAAUGUAGGAGGUGACAGGCCUGUCAUGUAUUGUAAGGCCAUGCUCGUGAAACAGUGGUACGGACUCGGAAUAAGGGAAGAUUACCUUGUGUUAAUUUCAGUGCCAUUUUAUUUUGUCUUUUAAUGCAUUAUUUUGUCUUUAUGGUUUUUUUCAUGUUUUUUUUAAUAUAAUUUAUAUAAUUUUUGGACGAUUGUUGUUUUUUAUGUAUUAUUUUUUGUUUGACUUUAGAUAGGAACAAUCUAAGGAGCAAAUUCCCCAACAUUGCUAGUAUGGUCAAGUAGAUUUGCACACUGAAAUGGCAGGGCAGAUUCAAACACAUCUGCAAACACAUCUCUCACUUCGGACAUUUUUGGAGUACUUUCUGAAUACUGAAUAUAAAGAAAGCUUAUUGCAGUGUACGUGACAUACUCACUAUCAAAGCAGCGGGAUUUACCUUAGCAGGGUUGUCAAGGCUGGUCGAUCCAUCAUUAUCUGCUCCCAUUGUUGAGCUCCCCUGAGCUACACUCACCUUGAAACGUUACUACAGAGCAAUAUCUACAUUCAGUGAUCACACCCAGGCCAUGUUAUUCCUGUUGGACAGAUUUUACAUUUGUGGUUGUUUUUUCCAAAGAGGAAUCUACUAUCUAUUCGGCAAAAUAACAGAAAUUUGUUGUUCAAUUCAGGUCAGAAAGACAACUGGAAGUCACUUUGUAUCAAUGAAGGAUGUUUAUUAAAUAUCCAAAAUACCUUUCCAUCUGUCUUGUAGCUGACUCAGAGAAAAAACGUUGAUCUCAUGAAAAAGUGAGGUCUAUAUACAAAUUAGAGAGGAUUUGUCUGAGAUUCGUUAGUGACCGGCUCAGCAUGAAGAUGUUUCCGUUAAAUAUAAGCAUUCAUUGACCAUUACAUAAUCCAAUAACCCUGUUAGAUAUUGGGACGUGUGCUGUAUGUUCGAGCCAUUUGACUUUCUUUUUGUUGGUGUGAAAAACCAGGCCUUAAUCUAAAAGACAUUACUGUGACGCACUUCUGCUGGAAUUGCUGUGUCUUUCCUUCCUUAAUGUUCAAGGCACUAGAGUGGCCGGCAUUUACACAGACAUGGUACCAGUAUAAGCUUUGUUCACUCAUUGAUUUCUUUGAUGGGAUAUUUUUUUAAUGCGGUACCUUUCCCACGAUAAUGGACUGUAUGGAAAGGUUCCCCCCCCCCCCCCCCCCCCACAUAAAUCCACAUGAACGCAAGGCUUGUAUGUGCCGGAGCAGCGCCACUGGACUCAUUCCAAUGCCUAGGAGGAGAUGAAUCUCUGAGUGGGUGCAUCCACUCGGACGUCUCUACCGCUUUAAGUACACACACUGUUUACUGUAAUGUUCUACGCGACCAAAGCUCUGUGACUGCGUUGUCAGAGCGUUGAGAGGGUAACCCCACCACCACACUGCGAGGGAAGAAGCCCUUCUGCAUUCAGUCUCGUACUAUGAUACACGACUUUGAUUUAGAAAAAGGGAUUUAAAAUUACAAUACAUUUGAAUAUAGUCAUAUGUCCACCAGCAAUGCAGUAAAAUAAAAUAAGGAAGUAUGUGAUGGUGUUUUACUUGAAAGAUACUGAAAGAGGUGGCUAGACUGCCAUUUUGUUAGGGGUGCGUACCCUGUAGCAAUUUCACCUCCCCAGUCCUUUGAUGUAAUGUAACACCCCUUUGGUUAAAAUACUAAAUCUGUGCCUGGAUUUAAUUUAUGAAUGCAACAGAAUUUAAUAGAAUAACAUUGUGAAUUAUCUUAAAGUAUUAGGAUGAUUUGAUUUCUAUCUUGAUUAGCAUUGAAUUGUACAGCCUAAGUCACUUUAUAAAUAUUUAUAAUACAGGUUAGAUAGAUGAUCAAUAAAAUGUAUAAAUGGUGAAUGUCCAAAUCAUUUCCAGUAUAUGAAUAAGUAAGAUAAUACAUAACCCCAAUUUAUUUCAUAAUUUAGAAUUAACUAUGAUUUAAUUUAAUAAGUAUGAGUAUGCUUGUCUACAAGAAAGAAUGUGUAAUGUUAAGUUAAAUUAGCAUUUUUGCAUAUGACACAUGUUAGAGUUGUGACAUUCCUUUAUUUUGAUUGGGCCAAAGGACACAACACAAGAAAAUGUGUUGUGUAUUGUGUCAUUUUUUUCUUCUUCUGAAAAUAUAUGUGGCCCUACAUGCUGGCAGCUACCAGUCUAGGUUAUAUUCUUCAAUAGUCAUUACCCCAAAAGCCUUAAUUAUUUUUGUUGAGUUUUUUUACAAUAUAACUAUUAUUUUUGUAUCCUUAUUCAGGAUGAGAAGAGAUUGUUCCAUUCUGUGGUUGUUUAUGCCUAUAUUCCCUUGUGAUUGAUUGUCGGUUUAGUGUGCAGGUUUUAGCCUACUAUUUAUGUUCCAAUCUUACACAGGGCGUCGGCUAAAGAUUAAAAAUGAAACAUUUCCUCUCUGAGGUUUCAGUAACCAGGGUCUGAUUUCGUUGUAUAAUAUGCAGCUCUACGACACUUUGUGUUCCUAUUAAAAUGUAAACAUAU